AUGCCAAAAGCAUCAAGAUUUAAUAAUGUGGCGGCUAACAGAGAAUACCUAGCUGAAACAAACUAUAAUGUGACUGAAUUGCAACAAGAGGAGGUUACUGCACAUUCUUCUCUAACAAAUGAUCAGCAAGUAGUAUACGAUCAAGUCAUUAGCAGCAUCGAAUGUCAGUUAGAAACUCCAAUAUGUAAUAUCUCAAAGCAAAGUAAUUUGGCAUACGUAUUGAAACAAUGUAAACUUAUUGUCUGGGAUGAAAGUACAAUGGCCCAUAAAUGUGGAUUUGAAGCUUUAAAUAGGUCAUUAAAAGAUAUUAGGUCAAACAACGAUAUUAUGGGAGGAUUUACUGUAUUAUUAGCUGGAGAUUUUCGCCAAACCCUUCCAGUUGUGCCAAGAGGAACCAUAGCUGAUGAAGUCAAAGCUUGCAUUAAGUCAUCGAAUCUAUGGCAGCAUACAUUAAAGCUUUCUCCCCAUGAAAAUAUGCGCGUCCAUCUGAGAGGAGAUAACUCUGCAGCACAAUUUUCUGAAAUUUCAAUAUCAACAAAAAAUCAAAUGACUGGUUAUGUGAACGUGCAAUCUUAA